AUGCGUUUGUGUACAGCUGAAGCUUCAGCCAUGGAGAAACCAUGGAAGUGUGGUGACUGCGGGAAAGGCUUUUGUGUUCCGUCAGCCCUUGAAGGUCAUCGACGCAGUCACACCGGGAAGAGGCCGUUCGCCUGCCCCGAUUAUUGGAAGGGCUUUACACAUGCGCCCACCCACUGGGUCCACCGACGGGUCCACAACGGUGAAAGGCCAUUCUCGUGCAUUGAGUGUGGAAAGGGAUCUACCCGUUCCUCCCACCUGCUGCCCCACUGGCGGGUCCACACCGGGGAGAGGCCCUUCAGUUUCCCCAAAUGCGGGAAGGCCUUCACCGAUUCCUCUGCCCUACUGAAGCAUCAGUGUUGUCCACACUGGGGAGAGGCCAUUCUCCUGCCCCAAUGCGGGAAGGGAUUCCUCGAUUCUUACACCCUGCUGACCCACCAGCGAGUCCACACAGGAGAAGGGCCAUUCACCUGCUCUGUGUGCGGGAAGGGAUUCAGUCAGGUGGGCAACCUGCGAAUACACCUGCGUAUCCACACUGGGGUGAGGCCUUUCACCUGCUCCGUGUGUAGGAAGGGGUUCAGUCAGGUAGGCAACCUGCAGAUGCACCAGUGGGUCCACACCAGGGCUUUAAGUGGGAAGGGAUUUAUCCACUCCUCCCAUCUGCGGAGGUAUCAGUGA